UGAACACAAAAGCAUAUAUCUUUUACUAUGGGAACGAAAAAUAUGAUCGAAGAAAUCGACGCUUAUUGCCUCUAUAUAGUUGCCAUCUUUUAUACUCUAUAUCGUUUACAAUCUACAUAGUGAUCUGAAUUUACAUUAAAUUUGUACAAAAUUGAGUUACAGAAUAACUCGAUAAAUUCUAAAGUUAACUCUUGAUCAAUUAGGUGUAGGCUUAACAUGGUCAACAGUUUAAAACCUGAAUGCUCAUUUACAUCAUGGCACCCUCUAUUUUCUAAAGAUUCUUUGAGAGCUACAAUUAUUCAUAUUCCUGAUGAAGUACUUAAGUACUUGGAACACGAUGCAUUUGUUUUACCUGUUGAGGCAACAGAUUCCACAUUGCAGAAUACAGAGUGGAUGGAUGGAUCUCCAGUAGUAAACGAUGAGCAUUCACUCGAGGCUCAACCAACAUUUCCACAAUUCAGUCAACAAAUUCAAGAUGUCAUAGACGAAUAUGGUGCAGUUUUCAUAAAAAGUAAUUGGAGUUCACCUCUGGAUGCGACCUGGGUUGCACCAACUAAAACUCUGAAAUGCAAGACAUUGGAAGAAGUAUACUUAUUACUAAAAAGUUCAGAUAGAAUUGCCAAAGAUUUGAAUAAUACAAAAAAUUAUAUAAAUCAUGAAACUCCUAUAAAAUCUUCUCUUAUCUUAAAGCAAUGGAAGGAUAUUAAUCCUUGUACAGAAUUUCGGUGCUUUGUAAUACAAAAUGAACUUAUAGCAAUUAGUCAACGGGAUAUAUCACAAUAUCAUAGUUACAAUGAAUCGGAAAAAUAUAAUAUUCAGACAGAUAUAAAAAGCUUAUUUAUGGAACGUAUUAAAAACAGGUUUCCACUGAAUAAUUAUUCAUUUGAUGUUAUACGGCAUAAAAAAGAGAAAGUAAAAAUAGUUGACUUUGGCCCUUUGGAUGAAUCUGUUACCAAAGGAACUCUUUUUACAUAUGAAGAAUUACAGAAUCUAGAAGAAAGUAUUCCAGAAUUUAGGUUUAUCGGUGAGGAAAUUGGUAUUCAACCGAAAGCUCCAAAUCAUUUUUGUAUUCCACAGGAAAUAAAUGAAUUUUUUCAAUCUAACGAAAGUUCUACGUUGCUAGAUAUUAUUCGGCGAGAGGUGGAAAGUCAAAGGAAAGAAUACGAAAGCGCAAAUUCCAAUAGUUUAGAGCAUGAUUGAUGUGUUUGAAAAAAGGAAAACGAAAAAGCUAAUAACAAAUGAAUAAUUGUACACUUAAAAACAUUUUUAAAUACAGAACUUUCACUUUUAUUCUGCCAGA